AUGAGAAGCGUCGCUUCUUCCGGCAUCCCUCCGAAGUCUGCGACUUCUCGGGAAUCACGUCCUCGACAACCGAGACCAAAUCUUCCGCCGGCACCUUCGACCAGUCGACAAGUAAGGCCAUCUCGUGUUGACGAAGACGAUGACGCUUCUUCCGAACCUGACAUUAAAAUGCAUCAAGAAAGUCUAAAACAAUGGGCCAUGGAACAACCUAGUGUUAAUGUCAAGCAAGACAACCCCCAAACCAGGCUUCAGUCAAAUAAUGUGAAUAAUCUCCAGCCGCACGGGAAUCCAAAACCAGACUCCAUUAAAAAGGUAGGACUGGCCCUGCUUAUUAAUAUUAGAGGCCUCCCAUUCUCAAGAAUAUAUUAAGACGAAAACGUAAAAACAAUUAAUAGGUUACUUUUAAAUAAAAAAGUUCCCAAAAAAACUCAAGUAUUAUGUAACCAUAAUUAUUACAGGAGCCAACUGUAGUCAAUCAUGUACAUGAAACGGAGAGCGAACUCAUAUUCGAGAAAUCGGAGGAGUUACAAACUGCGGAUAAAAUGGAAACGGUACACCCCGUAGAGGACUUCCACGACUUUAGUAAAUCAGUAAUCAAAAAGAAAACCGACACUCAAAUAGCUCAGCCAAAGGGUGAAAAAAGCGAGCCGUCCUCAAAGUAAGUGAUGAAUUUGUGUCAAAAAAGCAUAUGUUGUCUCCGAUUACAUUUUUUAAAUGAAUUGCCCAACGAACUUCAUUUCAGACCAUCCGAACUCCAAAACAAUGGAACAAUCAAGUCAGACGAGUAG